AUGGCAACUGGAGUUGCUGGUGGUGGACCAAGUUUGGUGUCUGGCCCAAGCUUAGGAGGUGAUGAAUAUGAAUCAGGAGGGAUUAGUAUUUAUGGGGCUGUGCUUAAUAUAACCUACAAGACAAAAGAUGGAUGGCAGAAUGAAAUGGAUGAGAUGGCAACUUAUGGAGUCAACAGUAGAGUUGAUGCCGAGAGUGGCCGUCUAGUAAAAGUUAAUUCCACAGAAAUCUGUUUUCCACUCUCAGCCAUUCCAACUUUGCAAAACAUUUCUGUAACUCAGAGCAAAUAUGGCCGCCUAAUUCCUAAUCCAUAUGAAAAAUGGGUGGCGCUGAUUGAUGGGCGGGCCUGUUAUGAUCUUCUGAGGAAAAUGUCGUCAGCCAUGAUGACAACUGGCCCAAAUAUAUUGAGGAAUGCAUCGGCUCUCUUGAUAUACAACCUGGAUUCAAUACAUCAUAGUGAUGUUUUUGCACAGCAGUUUCGUUCUACUAGCAAAACUACAGAUCCUGUUCAAAUCCUCAUCUUGAACUCAAGAGCGGACCACUUAGCCCGCCUGCUACAUCAACAUCAACAACAUCAUCAACAUCAUCAAAACUUCAACAGUAGCAGCACCACAAACAACAACAACAGAAUCGACAUAAAAAUAACGAUCGGCCCGGUGAAAAGAACUCAGUUCUUUGGUAAUACCGUCAACAAAACAUCCAUGCUCUUCUUAUCUGUAUCAUUUGUGGUUCUGAUGAUGAUCUCCCUGGCCUGGCUUGUGUUCUAUUAUGUUCAGAGAUCGAGGUAUACAUACGCCAAGCAGAGAUUGUCGAGGAGAUUAAUGAAAGCAGCUAAAAAAGCUAUUGGAAAAAUGCCCCUAAAGACAAUACAUAGCAAAGAGGAUGUUGAAACUGGAUGUGACUUGUGUGCAGUUUGCAUUGAGGGCUACAAACCAUCAGAUGUCGUUAGGAUUUUGCCUUGUCGUCACGUGUUUCACAAGCCCUGCAUUGACCCCUGGCUGGUGGAGCAAAGGUCCUGCCCCAUUUGCAAGAUUGACAUCCUGAAGGCUUUUGGUUUGCAUGUAAUGAACCCGGCGAACAACAGAAACAUCAACUCCUCCGACCUUGACCCCUCCACCAUGCAGAACCUCGACAACCUUCUCCUCUCAUCAUCUUCUCUCCUCGACUUGCCCCCUCUUUCCUCAUCAUCUCUAAUCGUGAAUGAAGAGUCAACGACGUCUGCCAGUGGUGGUCAGGUGAUGAUUGACACCAACAGGAGAGAGUUCGAUGAGGAUGGGGUAGAGAUAAUAAGGUUUCACCAGCUGGCCCGUGUUGAACACCACAGGCUGUCGUGGGAUUCAAGCGACGUUGAAUCUGGAGAUACUAUAGAUGACAGCCCCGCUGUUGUGGUUGCUGCUAAUGAUGGUGAUGGUGGUGGUGGCGGUGGUGGAAAUGAUGGUGGCGAUGAGAUGAUGUGA